UUUCCUCCAUUGAACGACCUUGCUCGGCCCCAUUUUGUAAUUAAAAAAUCUAAGCUCUCAUUUUCAUAGUCUGAUCACCAAAACAGAAAGCCAACGAAUACGAAUAGUCCAACGACCACCGGUUGACUUAAUUAACCAGUACAACAAAUUCUUAUUCCAUCUAGAAUUACAUCAAAAUCAGACCACCCAUAUUUCUUUUUUCCCUUUUUUUUUUCCCAUUUUUUAAAAUUAAAAUUUCACGUCCCCUAUAAAACCCCAGACUUUCUUUCAUCUUUCUAAUUCCGGCAAACUCAUACCAAAUUUUUAUCCAAACGCAGCUCUGGAAGUGGUAUUCUUAUCAUGCAAAAAUCUUGUUACUUUCUGGACAAUGAAAUAUGGACCAGGAAAAUAAAAUGAGUGAGCAUUCCACACAUGGGGUUAACAGUGAUGGGGUUCAAGCACAGAGCUCUGAUUUUUUAAAAAGGCAUAGCUCUGAAACACGUCUUGCUCCAAGUAAAUUAAAAGAAGACAGAAAUUUUGAUUUUCAAGAUUCAGAGGCUAAGGAACUUUCUUUGCGAGCUAGUGCACAGAAAGAGGAGAUUCAGCAUCUUCGUGAACAAAUUGCCGUUGCAUGUGUGAAGGAAUUACAACUGCUGAAUGAGAAAUGUGCACUGGAGAGGAAAUUCUCUGACUUACGGAUGGCAAUUGAUGAGAAGCAAAAAGAAUCAAUCACUUCUGCCUCAAAUGAAUUGGCUCUCAGAAAAGGUGACCUUGAAGAAAAUUUAAAGCUGACCCAUGAUCUAAAGGCUGUGGAGGAUGAGAGAUAUAUCUUCAUGUCAUCCUUGCUCGGGCUGUUGGCUGAAUAUGGUCUUUGGCCUCACGCUGUAAAUGCAUCUACCAUUACAAGCAGUGUGAAGCACCUACAUGAUCAGUUACAGUGGAAGAUCAGAACGUCACAUGAUAGAAUUAGAGAGUUGACAGGUAUUGUGGGAUCUCAUGCUGCAGGCAGAUCUCACGAAAAAGAUAGCCUUAUUUUUGGCAUUUUGAAAAAUCAAAAUCCUCAUGGAUCCAUGGCUAGUCAUGGCUUUUCUCCCAAUAAUCACUAUACAGAUGAGCAGCAUCUUUUACCACCUGGGAAUAUGCUGAGAUACAUGCAUGAUAAUGAUCACACUGCAAAAAAUUUAAUCUUCAAUGAUCAGGGGCAACAACGAUUAAGCAAUGGCAAUUCACAGGGGUUCUUAUUCAAUUCUGAUAGAGGAGUUGCUGACCCUAAUCCUGAUAGUGCAUUUGAUAAAAGUUUUGUAAGAAUUGGAGCUGAGGAUAUGACCAACAAUGUCUUGUAUCAGCGUGAUGAGAUGGCCUCUGAUGCUUCUGAAGAAGGGCCUGGCAUUGAGGGGUUUCAGAUAAUUGGUGAUGCCACACCAGGAGAAAAGCUUCUAGGUUGUGGAUUUCCUGUACGAGGGACAACACUUUGUAUGUUUCAGUGGGUUCGUCAUCUUCAGGAUGGCACUAGGCAGUACAUUGAGGGAGCUACAAAUCCAGAAUAUGUUGUCACAGCUGAUGAUGUUGAUAAACUGAUUGCUGUUGAAUGCAUACCAAUGGAUGACCAGGGCCAUCAGGGGGAACUAGUGAGGCUUUUUGCUAAUGAUCAGAACAAAAUAAAAUGUGACCCAGACAUGCAAAAUGAGAUCGACACGUGCAUUUCCAGAGGCCAAGCAACAUUUAGUGUUCUGUUGCUGGUAGGUUCAACUACCGCUCUCCCAAAGUUAUAUAGAAUAUUAUUUUCCUUCAUGAUUUCUUUUUCACUUAUGUAUUUAUUUUUAAGAAUGAUGCCUAAUAGCUUCUAUUUUUCAAGAAAAAUAGUGCUUGGUGAAUUCAAAUAAAUGGUUGGCAACUGUUAGCAGGAGACUUUCAUUUUACUAAUCUAUCAAUUCUUAUAGUUUAGCAGUUUACCUCCUUCAUCAAUCUAGUAGGAGAAUAGUGUUGUCAGUUCAUACUCUAAAUCCCAUGGAAAAUCGAGGUUUAUUGCAAUUCUGAAACUUUACCCAAAUUGAUUGGAUUAGGAUGGGUGGCAAUAUCCUAGGAGUUCAUUUAGUCUCAAAUGGUUCAUGAGUUACAAGUUUUGAAACCACUAUAUGAAGAGACACACUAAGUAAUAAGGUGGAUAAAAUUGUUUUUAGAGAAGCCUUGGACAUGACUUUUAGAGAAGGAAGUGUGGAAAAACUAAGAAAUAAAAUUAUGUGAAAAACUAAGAGUAAAACUGAAUGUACAUUGAAAAACU